CCGACGGAACACCAGAACCGCUUCCAUUGAAGAAGAGGAGACAAAUUUACACUGGUUCUCUCUCUCUAUCCCGACUUCGAAGUUCGAAUCACCGCCGAAGAGUUUGAACCUCUCUCUCUAUGGAUCGAGAAGCAGUUAUCGAGUUCUUGGGACAAGUCCCGCUGCUGCAGAGGCUUCCAAGCUCUUCUCUCAUGAAGGUCGCAGAGCUCGUCCAAUUCAAGUCGUAUGAUCACGGUGAUUAUGUUGUUCGUGAAGGGGAAACAGGACAAGGAAUCUAUUUUAUUUGGGAGGGUCAGGCUGAAGUUAUUGGACCAUCAAAUGGCGAUGAAGGGAAUCGCCCGGAGCUUUUGUUGAGAAAAUAUGACUAUUUUGGCUAUGGUACUAGUGGUUCUGUUCAUCAAGUCAAUGUAAUUGCGUUGUCAAAGCUGACUUGUUUGGUUCUGCCGCAUGGGAAUGGCAAUUUACUACAACCAAAAUCAAUAUGGAAUGCAGAAGGAACACCAAAGGACUUUUCCCUUGUGGAGCAUAUAUUGCACUUGGAGCCCAUUGAUGCGGAUAUAUUUCGCGGAUUUACUCUGCCUGAUAGUCCAUCAUUUAGACAAGUUUUUGGAGGUCAGUUUAUUGGGCAGGCAUUGGCUGCAGCAUCCAAGACUGUGGAUUGCCUUAAACAUGCACAUAGUUUGCAUGCUUAUUUUCUUGUUGCAGGAGAUAAUAACUUGCCCAUUGUAUAUCAAGUUCAUCGAGCACGUGAUGGAAACAGCUUUGCUACUAGGCAAGUUGAUGCAAAACAAAAUGGUGUUGUUGUAUUCAGUUUAAUGGCUUCAUUCCAGAAGAACGAAGUAGGAUUCGAACACCAAAAUUCCUUGAUGCCUCUUGUGCCUCUUCCAGAAACACUUCCAUCAAUGGAAGAGUUACGAGAGCGACGCCUUACUGAUCCUCGGCUCCCCAUGGAAUAUCGCAAGACAGUUGCUAGAGAAAAGUUUGUUCCCUGGCCCAUAGAGAUAAGGUUUUGUGAUUCAAGCAGUUCAAGGAGACCAUCUCAACCAAGCAUGAGGUAUUGGUUCAGAGCAAGGGGGAAACUUUCAGAUGACCAAGCUUUGCAUAGAUGUGUAUUAGCUUAUGCUUCGGAUCUUUUAUUUGUUGGUGUGAGCUUGAAUCCUCACCGGCGGAAGGGUUUGAAGACAACCACCCUCAGUUUGGAUCAUUCGAUUUGGUUCCACAGAACUGUCAAAGCUGAUGAUUGGUUGCUAUAUUCGAUAGAGAGCCCAUCAGCAUGCGGUGGUCGUGGAUUUGUGACAGGUCUCAUGUUCAACAGGAACUGGCGAGCUUGUUGCUUCAUUGACUCAAGAAGGUCUUGUAAGGAAAUUGAAACCGUUAACUGGGGAACUCAAAUCAAAGCUCUAAUAAUGCACUUGCAGGUGAAGAAAUUAUUUCAUUAUUAUGAUAGCCCUUAUGAAUAUGCUGGCCAUUGUUAUUGUGCUGGAUUAUCGUCUUAUUCUCAAAUUUGUCUUGUUGCAACAGCAUUUAUCAAAUGCUAAAAUAUAUGCUUGAUUUUGACAUGGAAGUCUCGUGUGGAGAUAUAGGUGAAAUCCUCCAUCAGGAAUUGUCGUUAUUUUGUUGCUGUUUGUUUGUGCCAAUACUUGAGUGAAUGCUUCAAGUAUAUAUGAAGGUUUGGGUCUGCAGGGCCACAUUGCCUCAAUGGGAUAAAUCUGAAUUUAUUAUUCCAUUUGGCCCAGUUGUGCAAAAUAAAAGGGGUUAUGCUUAAUAA